UAAAGAUGGCGGCAAUGCAACAUUUACGAGUAGUAGGCGCGCACGCUGGUUUUACUUCUUUAAUAGUCAGAAGGUUGGCAACCAUUGUUCCCAAUGUUUCUCAAGUAGAUAAUUCUUCAAAUUUCCUGAACAACGUUCCUCACCGAAAACACCCAGGCAUCCUCCAUCUCAAAUGUUUGAAGCUUCCGCCUGAAUUAGUGCAAGCAGUUUCCUUUUGGGUAGCCCAAUCCCUCAUACGUGAUCUGGAGAAGAAGUCCGAGUCUUUUAGCAACUACCUUUGGAGCCGCAAACGUCCAGUAGAAUUGAAGGAUCUGAAUAGAAAAGCACAACUCCUGGAACAGAAGCUGAGGAAAGAUGCAGAAGUCCUGGUCCAGCAGAAAGAUAGAUCCCUGGAUGAAAGGGAUGAGAAGCUGAAGCAAAAGGUUUUGACUGCUCUUCGUAAAAUCACCUACCACUGGGAAGAGUUGAAAUACACUGAAGAGCUCAGCUUUCUGUACAUGGUCACCCGAAUGGAUGCAAACUUUGCAGCAGUGAGCCGAGCUUUCCAAGAAAUCCGGAAGCGAGUACCAGAUUUCCAGCCCAAAACUUUGCUAGAUUUCGGUUCGGGUACCGGUGCUGUCAGCUGGGCAGCCCAUAGCAUUUGGGGCGAAAGUUUGAAGGAAUAUAUGAAUGUUGAUUGCUCUGUUCCCAUGCUGGACCUGGCAGAGAAGCUGAUGCGAGGCAUCUCUGAAACCCAAGAGCUCUGCUUUCCUGGUGUCUACUUCAGGCAGUUUGCCCCCGUUGGGCCAAAGAUGACAUUUGAUCUCACGGUAUCCGCUUUCUCUCUCAACGACCUGCCAACUUAUGCUCGGAGGAUGGCAACGGUGACUAACCUAUGGAAGAAAACCAACAACUUUCUAGUUCUGGUUGAAAAUGGAACCAAAGAAGGACAUCAGAUGCUUAUGGAGGCCCGAGAUGUUGUUUUGAAGGAGGCAGAUAAAGUAAAAGAAGCAGCUCAUGUUUUUGCUCCGUGUCCGCACCACUUGCCCUGUCCCCGCUUGUUACGGGAUAAUCCUUUGCCAUGCAACUUCCUCCAGCAGUAUGAAACCCUACCUUUGUCUUGGAAUCCUCCACAGAAAACCGAGAGAUUUUUUUUCUUGAUCCUGGCCCGUGGAUCAGGGGAGUCAAUGGAGCCCUGGCCCCGCAUCACUCAGCCUGUGCUUUGCCGCAAACGCCACGUCCACGUGCACCUGUGUUGUGCGGAUGGCACCCUUCAGCAUGCUAUUGUGACUUCAAAGAAACAUAGCAGGGAUCUCUAUCGAUGUGUCCGGAACAGUAAUUGUGGAGAUCGUCUUCCUAUUUCGACUCCAGAAACCAAAUCCAUUUUGGAGGACAAAUCAAUCCUCGAAGACCAGUUAAACGAUUCUCAAAAAGUUAAUACUGCUCCUUACCAGGAUCAGAAUUAAUAAGGUCCCUUCCGGCAUACUUGUAACGAUUCCUUUUGGUAUUCAGCCCAGGUGUCUAUCUCAGAUUGCUGAUUUCCAGAAUCUAAAUUCCUUAUGCGGUUUGGAGCUGUAGAGCCAAGUUUGUUAAGCUUUCUGCUUGGCAGCCAGUGCAUGUAUAAUCCAGAGGAUCAAACGGUGGUCCCCCUCAACCGGGGUUCCAUGGAUAAUGCUGAUUUUCGUGGAAUAACUUCAGCCAGUAUCAGAUGCAGUGGAUUUAAUUCAGCUGUUUUUCUCUUGGAAAUAAUAGCAAACCAAGUCGGAUCUCCAGGGAUUUAAUUAGUUGUGAUGAUGAUGGUGGGCAGUUUGAACAUUCGAACCAGGCACAGAGACAAACCCUUUGGUUGACUUCUUCAGAAUUUGGAUUACAGAUUCCAUCUCUAGUCCUUGGCUAUGAGAGUUUGUUGGGCCUGACAAAGGCUUGGCGAGCACAAGCCUACAAUGCAUAUACCUCUUUCUGGAUUGUUCCAUUUGGAUUGAAAAUGGACUGUUUAAAUCUUCUCAUCCUUUAAAACAUCAUCUGUAAGAUUAAUUGAAGGUGAUAAAAAUCAGCUUAUUAACACUUUUGCAUACAGUAGGAGUGUGUUACACAAGAAAUGGCAGUAACACUCCCUUCCGGAGAAGAAGUAAAGGCCAAAAUUAUAUGUGUCAGCGCAAUAUUUUUCUGCUCUGAUACUUGGGUGCCCUGAAACUCACAAAUAUGUCUCCUACCUAAUUCUGGAUUACAUGGAAAGGCUGACGAGCAGUUUCAAAAGCA